UUUACAACGCUUGGAAGAACAUCAACAAAGCAUUCCGCAAUGGCUUCGAUGAACCUUCGUGAGCAAGCGUUACGUUUGAUGAGGCUUGUUGCGACAGCAUCAUGCAGAUGCCCUGCUCACUCUCAAAACUUCUCACCAGUACCAAGACUAUCAUCUGCGGCAAAAGAUCAUGUGGAGCCGGAAUGUGCUUUUGAGGUGGCAAAUUCUAGCAUUAGGUAUGGAGAAGGAGUGACUAGGGAAGUUGGCAUGGACUUUGAAAACCGCAGGUUGGAGAAAGUUUGUGUGAUCACAGAUCAAAAGCUGGUGACUCUGCCUCCUGUCAAGGAAGCCAUUGAAUCCCUCGAAACCAACAAAAUCAAAUAUGAACUUUUCGACAAAGUUAGAAUUGAGCCAACUGACUCCAGUUUCAAGGCUGCCAUUGACUUUGCCAAGCAGGGUAAUUUCGAUUCUUUCCUGGCCAUCGGUGGCGGCUCUGUGAUUGACACUGCCAAAGCAGCCAACCUUUAUCUCUGCCAUCCAGAGAAUGAUUUCCUGGAUUUUGUAAAUGCACCUGUUGGUAAAGGAAUGCCUAUUGACAAGCCUUUAAAACCACUUAUAGCAAUCCCAACUACUGCUGGAACAGGUAGUGAAACGACAGGAGUGGCUAUUUUUGACUACGAGCCCAUGAAUGCAAAAACAGGUAUUGCAAACAGAGCCAUACGUCCAACGCUAGGCAUUGUGGAUCCACUACAUACCCUGCACAUGUCUGAGAGGUUAACAGCUAACAGUGGCUAUGACGUAUUGUGUCAUGCUAUCGAGUCAUACACAGCCAUACCUUAUCAGAAGAGAGGACCACGCCCUCUAAACCCCAACAUGCGGCCAGCGUACCAGGGCAGUAACCCUGUCAGUGAUGUUUGGUCCAAACACGCUCUCGGUAUUGUCGCUAAAUAUUUGAAAAGAUCAAUUAAGGACGCGAGUGACCUGGAAGCACGAUCCAAUAUGCACUUGGCAAGUGUUUACGCUGGUGUCGGAUUUGGAAAUGCUGGUGUCCAUCUUUGUCAUGGAAUGUCAUAUCCUAUAUCCGGCCUCGUCAAGUCUUACAAAGCCAAAGAUUAUGGGGUCGAUCAUCCUCUUGUGCCUCAUGGUUUGUCCGUAAUAAUGACGUCACCAGCAGUGUUCCGCUUCACUGCACCCUCUUGUCCCGAGAGACAUUUGGAGGCUGCGCAGAUUCUCGGCGCAGACAUAUCUAACGCAAAGCUAGCAGACGCCGGUUUACUUCUCUCUGACACGCUCCGUGAUUUCAUGUACAGCACAGGGGUAGAUAACGGGCUUGCAGCCCUCGGGUAUAAUUCUGAAGAUAUUCCAGCGCUUGUCAAGGGAACAUUGCCUCAGCAUCGAGUGACAAAACUUGCCCCUGCCGGGGCCCCAGGGGAAGAGGACUUGGCAAGACUUUUCGAGGACUCAAUGACCUUGUAUUGAUCAGAUCACUUUGUGUCAAGAUUGGGGACUGAAGUUCGGAAAGCCUGGGGUCGAGUUUUGCCUUGAUCUAUCAGUAUGAAAGGAUAACCAAUACUUCCCGGUGGAAAAGAUAUACAGUGCAAUAGGUAGCUGUCGGAAGUUGAUUCAAAUGUUGGCGAGGAAUUCUUACUCGAAUCUGAGGCAGUUACAUGUACCCACAGCGGUUUUUCUUGUCUCCCACGGACUGAUUUUCUAAUUCAGUCAGUUAAUCAGCCAAAUCACUCAAUAAAUCAAUCGACUGAUUUA